AUCUCAUCCCGCUGUGGUUCAGCAAUGCAAAAGACGCCUCGAUAAUUGGUAUCAUGAUAUCUGGGCAAUGAUCGCCAACCUUACUCCCAUAUUUUUGCAGUUUAAGUGAACUGCGACACUUCACUUCCAAGACUAAGAUUUUGUACCCAACACACAUCCCAAAAGACAGCUGCACUUCACCCACGAUCAAACAUCAGCGUCCAAACGCUGAAGCCGUCACAAUGGACAUACUUUUGUCACUCCCCAUUUUGUCAUACUUUUUCGCACCGUCCAUGACUUCAUGGUCGACGUCGCUGAACCUACUCUUUUUUUACAUGACAUGGACGACACUCGUCCUGUCCCACAGCCCCCUGCGCAUCGAGCUGGUGGGCAUGCUGGCCAUCCGCGUAGCACUGUUCCUCGUACCAUCGCUCGUAUCCCUGCUGUUCGACACCUUAAUCCCCAGCCUGGCCGAAAGCAUCAAGUUCGAGGGCGCCUCUUCCCUACCCCCUCGGGACGCCUCCCAGCUGGCCCGCACGGUCGGCCUGGUCCUGGUGAACCUCGCGCUCGAAACCUCGGUCCAGGCCGGCGUCAGCACGUCCUACACUCUGCUCACCAAGAGCCCGCUGCUGCAGACCUCGACGACGCUGCCGCUCCCCUGGGCCAUCAUCAAGCACGUGGGCGCCAUGCUGGCCGCCCGCGAGGUCCUCACCUACCUCAUCCACCGCCACGUCCUGCACAACCGCAAAGACGGCGGGCGGGUCGCGCGGUGGCACGGAACUUACGGUGCACACGCCCGGAGCGGCGGUGCGGCCCCCUACUCGCUGCUGCUGUGCGCCGACCACCCGGUCUCGUUCCUGCUGCACCGCUUCGUCCCGCUCUACCUGCCGGCGCUGGUGUUGCGCCCGCACCUGCUCACAUUUUUGCUCGUCGCCGCCCUGGCGACCGCGGAGGAGACGCUCGCCAUGUCGGGGUACAGCGUCGUGCCGGGAAUUCUGAUGGGCGGGAUCGCGCGUCGCACCGCUGUGCAUUGCUGCUGCAGCGGUGGGGCAAGGCAGCAGGGGAAUUUUGGCGCGUGGGGUCUGCUGGACUGGAUGUGCGGCACUAGCAUUGGAAAGGACGUCAUGGCGGAUGUCAGAGACGAGGCGGAGAAGCAUCGCGUCAAGGAGAGGGGGGAAAAGGCGGCGAGCGAUGGGGUUGGGAUGAUUCAGGGUGGAAUUGAUGGAUUGAGGAGAUCACAGCGGAAUAGGAAUUCGAGAAGGGUGGAUUAGUGCAUUUCGCUAGUUUUUUUUUUUUUUUUUUUUUUUUUUUUAGUUUUAUUAUGUGAAACGCUUUGUCUGGUGUGUAAUAAGAAUCAAAUGUUUUGGCCCA